AUGUCGACAAUAGCCUCUCCCCGCCCGAGCACCUCAGUUCGCAGUCCGUCUUUGACGCGCACCUCGGUCGACAGCAGCUCCUCGCACCGCCCAUCUCAACCGCCUGCCCGUCGCAACCGCGCCGCCCUCCGCGAAUUUUAUGGCAUCAAGACGCCCCCCAAAGAUAUAAACCAUGACGCAAAGACAUCCGAGGGAACCGCCACAAAUCAGCUCGGACCGGAGGAAGAUGAGACGCUGACGGAACUGGACGCCUCCGACUUCAACGCCGAGGCCUAUGUCGAGAGCCUGCUAGCAAAGGAGGGGCUGAAGGGUGUACUCAAGGUCGAGGCUGACCUGGUAUCGCAGAUUCGAAAUCUAGACAGCGACAGAAAGUCCCUCGUCUACGACAACUACUCCAAACUUCUCUCUGCCACCAGCACUAUUCGCCGCAUGCGCGGUAACAUGGAUCCUCUUGCACCCACAACACACACGCUCGGCCCUGCCAUAUCGCACAUUGCGGAAACGGCCGCUUCCCUGUCGUCGUCAUUACACGAUAACCAUGUCACGAAAGAGGAGGGCCUGGGGCUCAGUAUAAGCAUGGAGCAAAACGGACCAGAAAAAGAAGAGGCUGAAAAGAAGCGAAAGCAGCAAGACACUGUGAGGUGGGUACUCGAUACACCAAGACGACUGCAAACGAUGAUGGACCAGGAGCGUCAGGAGGAAGCGGAAAAGGAUUGGGAAGAAAUCAGCACGAUACUGGACAAGUGGAAAGGCGUUGCUGGUGUACAAGAGAUUAGGGAACAGUGCGAGGCCAUUAUGCAAGAAGGAGAUGAAUCUGGACCUGAGUGA